AUGGCGACCCAGAACUUGCCCUUUGAUAAAAAUUUCCAGCCGUCCAAGCUUACUCUGUCAACAAAGCUUAAUGAGUUUUGUACUGAUGUUUCAGUUAUUGGUAUGCUUGUGGGUAUUUCAAGGAAACUAUCAACCAAUUCAAGGAAACAAUACGACCAACCGUACAUUCUCCAUUUGACGGAUCUCCAAGAACCAGAUAUUAGUGUUACCAAUGGAUACGAUCCAUAUUUUGAAAAUGACUAUGGAUACCCGGGGAUCGAAAAACGUGUCUAUCACGUAACUAUGUUUCGUGCAUGUUUUGAUAAACUUCGUGAAAGUGUUUUCAAGGAGGUUGACUUAAAAGAACACGUUAGAUAUUUCACUUAUGAAUGUGGUCGACGGGAGUAUGCGGAUAACUUUGACGGAACAAAGAAAACUGCGGCAUAUGCCAAAGAGCUACAAUCUCUACAUCUCUGGCUUAUCAACCGUGUGAAAUCUAAGGUAUAUUCCGGAAACUUAGAAUUGACCUGUAAAAACGCAUUUAGAUAUGUUCCAAUCGAAGAAGUGAAGCCAGUGUUGAGAAAAUAUAACAUGUUGGCCGUGUGGAAGAAAUUUGAAGAAUUUUAUGGAGCUACAGAAGUAUUUGAUGAUAUCUUCCCCGAUGAUGAAGAUGAGCAGAGUAUACGAAAGAACACAACUUCCAUUCAAGAAAACCAUAUUGGAAAUACAACAAAUAUGGCAACUUCAUCAAAGUUAUCAAGUGAUGGAACUUCUCAAUAUAUGAAUGCACCAGAAGACGAUAGAUUUAGCUGCACGGGGAACAGAAAAAGACAGAAAACAGAGGAUCUCUCAAUGACCAAUAGUCAGGUCAUACCCGAUGUGUCAACACAGACCCAGGCAUCCAUAGGGGUCGGUGGCCAUUCCCCAUCUCGCACGGCUGCAACUGUUGCUACAUCUCCAAUCGUACCAGCAUCUACAAACGUUGCAGCUGCGGUAUACGAAGCUGCAUACACAUCGGUGCCGCAAAAACGAUUUCCUAUGGACUACUCUCUACUUCAAGACCUACAAGUGCCACCGCCAAAAUACUACCCACGGUAUGUCAUUGUCAAGAUACGCAUUCAUAAGCUCUAUAACGAAUACAUUUACGAUAUGGGAGAACACUUGGCACCUAAGCGGUUAAAACUUCGUCUUAUAGAUGAACAAGGUACUACUCUAUACGUGUAUGUCGAUCCGCAGAUUGUGCUAGACUUUCUCGACACGUCUGUCGAAGACUUCUCCUCGCUUUAUGAGGUAAACGAGCACAUGCGUCAAGAGGUUGAAGCUCGUAAUAAAAACAACGAGUUUUGGGGAGUGCUACUUGCACCAGAGGAAUGUGUUUCAGGUGUCGUACAAUGGUACGUUGAGUAUGUGACAAAGGCAGGAGUUGCCGAAUAG